AUGGCAAGAAUAGAAGCAGAUGAUCACUGAGAAGCACUGUCUCACUCUCCUUUAUUUCCCUUGACUAAAGUGAUGGAGGAAUCACAACAAAGCAAUCCUAUAGACACCUUGCAUGGGAAUACUGUGGAGCCAAUUUACACAUAUAUUUUGAAUGACAUACCAGGGGAGUUUAUGUUAUCCCAGGCAAAAGCAGUUAUUAAAACUACUGAUGAUUAUUUGCAGCCUCAGUUUGGCCCCGACAGACUUUUGCAUUCAGCGGCAGUAUCAGAAGGGUCAGGAUUUCAAGAUUGCUGUACACAUCAAACAGCAUCAGAUCACAGCCAUGAGGAAAUAUCAAACCCAGAUAGCUACAAAUCAAACAGUAAAAACAAUUCUUGUUUUAUAUCAGCAUCCAAGAGAAACAGACCUGUCAGUGCUCCGAUGGGUCAACUGAGAGUUUUAAAGUCCUCCUCUCUAAAAUUUCAGUCCACUCAGAAUUGGCAAAGAUUGUCUCAAAGGUACAAACUUCAACCAAGAGUGAUUAAAGUAACAGCUUACAAAAAUGGAUCUAGAACAGUCUUUGCCAAAGUUACUGCUCCAACGGUCACCUUGUUGCUGGAGGAGUGCACAGACAAGCUGAAUCUGAACAUGGCUGCACGACGAGUGUUCUUGGCAGACGGCAAGGAAGUCCUCGAAUCUGAAGAUAUACCCCAUGAAGCUGAUGUUUAUGUUUCAACGGGAGAGCCCUUUUUAGAUCCAUUCAAAAAAAUUGAAGACCAUCUUUUGUUAAUGAAGAAAGUAACUUGGACAAUGAGUGGGCUGAUGCUUCCUACUGAUAUCAAAAGACGGAAAACCAAGCCUGUACUUUCUAUUAGAAUGAAGAAACUUAUUGAGAAGACCUCAGUCCGUAUUCUGUUCUUUAAGAAUGGCAUGGGGCAGGAUGGGCAUGAGAUUACAGUGGGAAAGGAAACAAUGAAAAAGGUUUUAGAUACUUGCACAAUGAGAAUGAAUCUAGACUCACCCGCAAGAUAUCUUUAUGAUAUAUAUGGCAGAAAAAUUGAAGAUUUUUCCAAAGUUCCUCUGCUUGAAAAAUGCCUUCAAAAUUCCAUCACACCUUUGCGGGGACCACUUUGGGUCUCUAAGGGAGAAGGUUUCAGCCCCUCAGGAGCUAAGAUGUACAUCCAAGGAGUUCUUUUGGCCUUGUACCAACGAUUACAGUCUGCAAAAAAAUAUUAUAAACAGUUGAACCUGGCCUUCAAUGACAAGAAGGAGAAAAUUACAGAAAAAGUUAUCCUUUCAAUGACAGCAAAGGAGCACCAUAAAGCAGAAGAAGAAGUAAGCAGGCUGAUUGAUGAAUUGCAGACAGCUAUCAAAAGCAACAGAGGUCAUCUCUCUAAACUUGGCCCCCAAUUACAGGCUGAGCAGGAGCAAUUCUCCUCUUAUGUCUACCAACACAUUAAAAGCCUUCCAGCAAACACUCUAGUCCCAGGAGGCCUGCAGCUCAAGGUGUUUGAAAAUGGUAAAGACACUGGAGAAACCUCUGUUUAUAUCAGUAAAAAAGAUUUAGGCUCUAAUAGAACAACUCAGACUGACAAUAUGUUGGAAAGAUUACUUCUCAAGAUUCAUCAGAGGCUUCGAGGUUCUUCCAUCAACACACCAGGCCUCAAUUUUUCUUCAGCCCGGCUUUUCGAUGAGCAUGGUCAAGAAAUUAAGAAUCCACUUUUGCUGAAGAAUGAGCAAAAAAUUUGGGUCUCUUAUGGUAAAGCAUUCAGAUCUCCACUAAACCCUGUUUUGGGUUUGACCUUUGACCGAGUGACUGCAUUUGCCAGAGGUGGCAUCACAGUUGCCUAUAAGACCUUUUUGGAUCCUAAUGCUGUUCUGCUACCUGGAUGUGACAAUUGGGACAUUUGUGAGGGAUUUCCAAUUAAUUUCGACUGCACCAGUCAACAGAUACCUGAUCAAUUUGAAAAGAUGGACUUGGAGAGCCAUUUCCUACAGAAUAAGGUGGAUCCCAAUAUUGUCCUUCAUGCAUCUGUUUCCAUUGGAAAGCGGAGUUUCUCAAGUAGUGAAGUGAGCAGCAGGAGUCAGAUAGCUCCAUCAACCCUGUGGCCUGCAGCCAGUGUGUGGCUGAUCACCAAGGCUGGAAUGAUCCUGAGCCGAGCGAUAACUCAGGGCUGCCUAGCUAUUGGUCAUCCAAUCAGAGUCAAGGCCGCUGAGGGAGCAUCACUAGAAGGAUAUAAAUUAAUCCUACAGAAAAGACAUAAAGGAGAUGAAUCUCAGAAGUGGGUGUUUGGAACGGAUGGCUGUAUUUAUUCUAAGGCUUAUCCUCAAUUUGUUCUGACCUAUCUGGAGGAGCUAAAUGUACAAGUGGAUGUGACUCAAACAGAGUAUCACAUUCACCAUGGUGCUUGGACCACAGCUCAUCAAGAAUGUGGCAGAAACUUAACAGAAGAAGUUCUGCAAAAAUGUGCCAGCAACCCUGAUCUGAAGCAACUGCCAGAACCGUCAGACACCCAUUUAAUGCCAGAAGGUUCUCCUGAGGAGAUAGGGCAGCUGACAGUGGCACUGGUGAGGAAACUGGAGGAGAAACAUCCUAAGGCUUCCGCUCAGAGGUGGGCCAUAAAACAUGAAGGGAUCAGUAAGCCAGGCCAAUGGAAGCAUUCCAGAGUUGAAAAUCCCCUAUGGAACAAGCUUACUUACAUGUGGCCGGUCCUUCCCAGUGGACAACUUAAUGAGGACUUUGAUUGGCCAAUAGAAGGACUGCUUAUUCCCAACAGCCCUCCCAUGAAGAAACCCAUCCAGAAGACACCAGAGCAGUAUGUCCCUAUGAGACUCAGAGUUUUGAGGAAUGGAGAUAAGAAUAAAAGCAGAUCCCUUGUUACAAUUUGUCCAGAAAUAUCAUCUAAAACACAGUGCACUGAAAUUUUAAAAUUACCUUCUGCAGCUCGGAGAUUAUUCAAUGAAAAGGGCAUGGAAAUCUUUUCCCUAAAGGACCUGCAAAGAGAUGAACUGGUAUAUGUUUCAUGUGGAGAACAUUGGAUCGAUCCUGACCUGUCUAUUGCUCAGCAAAAGAAGCAAAUCUUCCUCAGGAACCUAGCAUCUGACAUUUCCAAAAUUCAAACCUUCUGCAGCACACGUAAGGAAGAAACUCUUGUUUUAGAAGUCCAAAGCGACAUUGUGGCUGGAGGCAAGCUUGCUGUGCAAAAACCCAUAGCAAUUUUUGGAGAAGAGAAGCAAGUUGAAGAAACAGAAGAAAAGCAAAUGCCAACUGACGCUUCAACAAGAGCUGAUGCUUCCAAAGAAAUCUUAGAUUCACAUGCAAGAGCCCACCUCCGAAUGGAAGCUUGUCACACGCUUCUCAGGUAUGCCUGGCAGAAUACGUCGCAGGACUUUGAUGAGGAUGUCAGUCUUCCAAAGAAAAUGAAAGAACUCUUUGAAAAUGUGGAACCACAAAAGAAACACAGCCAUUCUCCAAAGCAGGCCAAAUUGCAGAAGGUUUCCCGUCAGCAGUUUGAAUACAGAGAUGGGCAAAUUAUAAGCCAUGCUGCUCCUCAGCUUGUUUUGGGGUUACAAAGCUCCGACCUCCAUUCAGGUACCGAAGUGGUUUUGGUGGAGAAGAAAUCUGAUGAUAAUCAUCAACGCUGGAUACACAAAGAGGACAGCAGGACUUUUCACCUGGCAAGUAACCCUGACCUUGUGCUGGCAGUGUCUAUGACCAAGGCUAGAAAUGAAGCCUGUGGCUAUCCAGUUAUUGUUCAGAAAUAUAAGCCAUACAACAAUGGAACUGCCCAUCAAAAGUGGCAGUACUUGGAAAAUUUGAAAACAUUUAUGGCCUUUUAUAGCACUACUUUGGAUAAGGAAAUCACAUUGGCAAAUUUUGCUGGUAUUUGUACAUCUUCUGUCAUUAAAGGGGAAAACAUUGAUCAACCAGGAUACUAUUAUCUCUCAGCUGGUGGAAAGAGGAAAAUGAUGCUCUGCCUGGCUUGUGGACGAUGCAUGAGAGCAGAGAAGAGACUGAAACAGUUGCUUCCAGGGGUUCCAUUCCUCUGUGUUUCAGGCUCCAAGACCCAGAAGCCCCUAUCACAAGGGCCUUUCAAGGUCAUCAGUGUGGUCAAGGCUGACUUGUCAUCUUACGAGGCUGACAAAACUCUAAGUUAUUAUGAAGAACUCCUAUUAUCUUUACGGAUGAAGACCUGCAUGCAAGUUGUGUAUCGCAGUGGUAUAGCAGCAACACACCAGAAGGCAGUGAAAAUAAUCGCGUACAAAAACGGGGAUGGAUAUCGUAAUGGGAAGUUAAUUGUGGCUGGAACAUUCCCCAUGCUUCUUACAGAAUGCACAGGACAGCUUGGGCUUUCCAGAGCAGCUUCCAAAGUAUACACCAGAGAUGGAACCACAGUCUUUACCUUGCGUGAUUUGGUUUUAUGGGCUCUAAAUGAAUCCUUUAUGCAGAGAGACUCUGAAGAACAAAAAAUAGGCUCCACUCCGGUUGGAACAGAAGAGAUGACUGCUAAAAAAAACUAUAUAAUGAAAUUGAGAACCAAAUUAUUUUCUGGAUCUGUGAAAUCUGAUAGUUUGGAUGGUAUAGAUAAGUCUUUGCUCACCCUCAUCCUCAGAAAUCCUAUUGCUGUCUGGGUAUCUUGUGGUGAACCAUUUAUACCUCCAAAUGCAUUGCAGAAAGCAGAAAAAUUAGAGAAACAGAACUGGCUAAAAAAGGACAAAAUUUUGGCUGAUCUAGGUACCAUGAAACACAAAAUGAGGCAGUUAAAAGGGCGGCGAGUAACUGCAUGUCAGCCAGCUACCAUGGUUCCUACCAAAAGCCCUGUGCAUCCUGUGGUGGUUGAAGGAGGCUGGACUGAGCAGACUCAAGAGGAAAUUAAACUCAUGGAACUUAUAAGACACACAGAGGCACAACUUUCGGAAGUUCAAGAACUACAAUCCAAACAAAAUUCCCCAGUUGCAACUAAACAUAAAGCAGUCCAGCAGAGUCGCCUGUACAAGCAACCCAACACAAAACGAGUCUGGGCUUAUCUAAAUGGAGGAAGACCUGAAGAUGGCACUUAUGCCUGGGGCAGGACUGUUACAGAGCUGCUAGAUAACUGUUCCUCUCGUCUCAAAAUGACCCAUCCAGCCAGAACCCUGUACACCCGAGAUGGAGAAUUGAUUCAGUCAUGGGAUGACAUAGAACGAGACAUGGUCAUCUGUGUGUCUAUGGGACGUGACUUUAUAACCCAGAAAGAGUUAAAGCAAGUGGUGGAGGUCAGAGCAAAUUAUGCCAGAAUUCGAAGACAGCUGGGCCCUCAAGCUACAGACCUGGUGGUGUUACCAUCUACAGAGCUGCUGUCACUGGUACAUCUGCAUAAUUAA